AUGAGCACGCUUGGAAAACUUCACGCGUCAUUAGCAAGCGCAACGCAAGAAACUACAGUAUCUCUUGCCAAUCUGAACUUUGACUUCUCCCUACUCAAAGUUGAGCCACCAGCUGAAUACCGCGAACUUGGUGUCACACUGUCCCCUCGACGACGUACAGCGGCCGAGUCGGGCUCCCACCAUUCGACGGCCCGCAAGCUCGCAUCUCUGUUCCAAUCUAUUCUGCCGAGCACUCCAAAGUUGGUUGCUGCGUAUGGUCGCAGAGCAUCUGAUAUAUCGAGUUCCAAUGCUGUGAACCCCCGGGGCACGGCCAAGCAUGGUGCGUUUCAAGAUUUCGUGGGACUAGACGGAACGACAAUAUGGGCAGCAGCAACGUCAGGACCAGCAGCCAUUGCGGUGCAUCUUUUAGCGUGCAUGUUGGCUUCGAUGUGGCCGGCAUCCGAAGCCAGUGCAAUCUGGAUCGAACUGGUUUCUGAGCGAUUGAAAGAGAUCCGCACAGUGACGGAGUCCGGAUACGCGACAUUGGAAGAUUAUGCCGCGGCGCACUUGGUGAUCGAAAAGCAGCAACUAUAUGAAUGGGACGCCAGUGCGCGCGCUUGGCUUCGUGCUGCCCAAGAAUCUCCCUCAGUAAAGAGCCGACAGACGAAGCUGAUGCUCAUCUUGAAGAAUAUCGAAAUUCCAGUGAGUAGUCGACCGGAUGUGUACCGCAGUGUUCUAGAUGCAUGGAAGCUCUCUCUGGAGACCAUGGAGAAUGUCCUGAGCGGUGGAUCCUACAGCGUGCAAGAUGGCGCUGUUUUGGUGGCCCUGUCUGCGUGGAAUCUGUACCCUGACCUGGUCAUUCUCAGCCGUGAGGAGCAAGCCCUCAUCCAGCGGGACGAGCUAAUUCCAGAUGGGGCCCAAGUCACUGUAGGCCUUGGAACAAAGAAGCCCAUCGGAUCCGAUGGAGUUUAUUGGUCUCUUUCACUACGGCACCUGCGCUAUUAUGGCGCUCCAGUGAAAACGGUCCGUUCGAUCGGCUCCGACCUGGACCGAUGGGAGUAUUCAGAAUUUCUCCUUGUAAUUAUGGGCGCAAUACUGGGGCAUUGGCAUAUCGGCAAGGCCGAGUUAGAAGACGGAUUGGAUUUUAUCUGCCUGUUGAGCUCGACGACAGACAGAUUGUCAGCCAAGAGAAGCCCGGUAUCAAGAGUCUCCAACUGUUUUCGGCCGUUCAGUCAGACGGCCAACUCUUAUCGUGAUGCGAAGGGGUCGGCACGAGACCAGAAACGCAAGCUGCUUCUUCUGGGAUGGCGCCACAAUGAGAAGAUAAUUGACCGAAGCAGAGCAAAUUCCCAGUUUGGAAGUGCGAUCGAGACUCGUCUCAUCGUGGAGUUGGAGGAUCAAAUCAAGUACCUGCGCUCAAGAGUCGCUAAUCUCUAUCCAACCACUGGAGAUCAUUUUGUCAUUCAAUACGAGCGGAAUUCGUUUUGUAGCGCUGUACCUCUCGAUAAAACAGGGCGACACUGCCGUUGGACCUGUUCCUCUGACAUUGGCAUGAAUGCAGAAGAAUGCGUGCUGCCUCUAGAUGCGAAAAAGAUCAAAACUGGGAGCUUGGAAAUAUCAGGAAGCACAAGGUUCCCAACAAUUUUUACCUGGGCCGACCCCCCUCCUGGGCUAGGAGGCAGAGAGCACAACUCACCCACUAGUGGAUCCCGUCAAAAGGAAGGGUCGGCCAAGGUCACGGCCCAGACAGUCGAUUCGUCGUUGGAGACUGGUGGACACAGGGCUUCGUCGGCUGCAAAUACUCAAGCUCUCACUCCACGCCUCACGAAUUCCAGCGUCUUCAAUGAAUCACUGGAUAGUUUGGAGCCAGAGCCAGAGGGCCCCUUGCCGUCAGAGUCUCAACAGAUCUUCAGCGUUCAAGACCCUCCAGGCGACAGCGAAGAUCUUCAGCUCACUGCCUCCGCUCUGCCGCAAUUUCCACCGAGGCCGUAUGAUGUCACGCUCGGACGGACCGCGAUGAUCCAUGAGGAACCGCCGCCAUUGAACCCGUAUUAUGUGCGACUACUUGAAGACAGCAAGCAUGAAAACAAGUGCCCUGUAAAGGUGUUGGAAUUUCACUUGGUAGAGAACUGCGGAGACUGCGCUUUAUAUCGAAGUGAGACCAUCCGCGACAACGGCACGCCGCCAUCGACGGUCGAGCUACAAGCCAAGCCCCUUGAUCAACAGAUAGAGCAUGACUACGACAAGGAAGUCAUCCAGUCUCAAGGCGACACCGACAGACUAAUUGCUGAGAAUGCGUACCCGGUUGACCACGGGUCCAAGCCCUUCGCAGGCCCAUCGCUAAGUGGCCGGAGAAGAAAGGAGAUGAGUUUCAAAAGGAUCAACCAUCUCUUGCGCACGUAUACAAUCGAUCUGAGCAUGCUCUUUGAGGUCUGUGCUCUGUUGGAAAUGGAGAACACGGCACAUGAAAGCGCAAAGCCAAAGGGCAAUCUUCUCGAUCUUCUCCGAUUUUUGACGGCUUUGCAGCUGGUCUUUGAAGAGAUUCCCGGGGCGACUAUCUCACCCCGUUGUAUCGAUGCUCGUAUACUAGAAUCCAGGUUAAUAAGCUCCCUCCUUAUCAAUCAAAACCAAGGUCAAUCAGCCUUCAGCUACGCAGAUAGCCACUGGCGAGCCCGCAAGGCGCUGAGCACCGACGUGCAUCCGUUAUCACUCAGGCAAGCAUUUGCGGCUCUCUGCAUGCUAGAGUCCGGUUCGCUUGAUAUCGACCCAGAGGACCUCCAACGUGUGUUUGCAAUUUCUUCAGGGGACUCUCUCUAUAUUGCCGCGCCUCUGCUUUGUGACCCGGGCACUGAACACCCGCCUUACUCUAUUCGGAGAGUCAUCGGGAACGUUGGCCGGCCCGGUAUCACACUCAUGAUUCCGCCAGCAAGUUCAGAAGUGCGUAAUGCGGAUCCUGAGCAUUGGAACCUCGUGAAUCACAACGAGUUCGACGGCAAGCUCGAAGACGCCUUCCAGAGCACCUCCCUCCAUGUCCGCUUCACUGGUUUUGUACUCGCGGUGGACGUUGGUCUACAUGGCUCCCAGUUCAGAGAGAUAUCCUUUGCGGAGGCAGUGAUAUCUGUCUUUGACUCGGGGAAUUGGGUCGCUGAUAUCAAUGUGUUGGAGUCCCUGGAAAGUGGCUCUUUGGUGCGGAUCCAGCAAUCCCGUGAAUGCGAGUUGAGUAGGGUAGAAUCAAUGCCUGCGUUUGACUCUGUCGCAAUCGAGAAUUGGGAUGAGAUUCUGGAUCCCCCUACUGAGCCAGCCGUAUUCAAAACUCACGGCAACUGGCAGGCAAGACUGGCGGCAAUGUGCAUCUGUAUAAGUCUUCAGCAUUGUAUCAUACUAUUUCAGAAUCAUCGAUGCUGGAGCUGUGCAGGCAAGGCUGCUCAGGAGCAAGGUUAUUCGGGAGCCCCUAAUAUGGUGUUCAUAUUGUAG